AGGUCGAGAUGUUCGAAAUUUAUAUUUUGAUUCUAACUGCACAUUAUUCUCUUUGUCAAAAUGUUAACAAUUCUGGAAGGUAUUAUUUUAGAAUGGGAAAAUCUAAAAAUGAAUUUAGAAUCACAAACCGUGUAUAUUACUUGAAUCAUAACAUAACUGAUUAUGAUUACACUCAUAAAGGAGUUGAUAAAGUACAGUUGCAAAAAUCAAAUGAAGACAAUUCCAAUAAUAAUUAUGAUUCAACUUACUUUCUAGAUGACGAAUGGAAUUUUGAUCACAAAAAUAUAGUUAAAACUGAUCUUCCUUUGUUUGUUCCUAAAUUCUAUGAAAAAAUUACUCCUGAUAUGAAAACUACAACCAGAAUCCUCUUCAAUGUGAACAAAGGUAACUCAAAUAAUAUAAUAAAAUUCAACCUGGAAAGCUUAAACAGCAAUGAAACUGUAUCGGAUGCAGAAUUUUACUUUUUCUGGCCACUUGAGAGCAGCUCAGAAAUUUUUCGAGAAUCUGUAGUACUCAGACUGUACCAAUUUGAGAAACAAGUACAGGGAAUGUUUAACGACUCAACUCUUAUUGAAAAUCCUGACAUUCACAAACUGUUCAAUGUUAUUUAUAUUUCAAAGGCGCAGAAGGGUUGGCAAGUAUUUAAAAUUAAGAAGCCUAUUGAUAACUGGUUAAAUGGAGAAGAUAAUCUUGGAUUAUUAUUGACCAUAUCCAGCUACGACGACAACAAACUUGUCUCAGUAUUUAAUGAUACUAACGAAGGAGUUUACAGAAGUUUUGCUGUAAUUACGGUCCAAAAUAACGAAACUGCGUCUACCGAGCAAAGUGCAAAGUAUAAAGAAACUCAGAUUAACACAAACGCACCCUCUUGUCAGAAGAAAGAGUGGACUGUUAGUUUUAAAAAUCUACACUGGAACGAUUUCAUAAUAGCUCCAGAUGGAUUCAUGGCUUACGACUGCACUGGUAAAUGUUUAAAUGCACAAACUGAUAAUCUUAAUCAUGUAAAACUGCUACGCACAUUUAACAAGAGACCUUCCUGCUGCGUACCAGUGGACUAUUUAUCUUCACCUAUUAUGUUUUAUGAUAAAUGGGGGAAUAUUGCAAUUAAGAAUUACGAGAAUAUGAUAGUGACAAAAUGUGGCUGCAGAUAGUUGUUUUAGGAAGUGUUAUAUACAUAUACACAUUCUAUAUAGUAUUUUUCUUGUGGUAUAUCUAUUAUCGGCCAAAUGUCUAACCCUUCAAUUAUUAUUAACUUUAGUGCACACAGUUAUUAUGUUAUCGUUAGUUUUGUAAUGCAAUGCAAUCGUGUGCAUUGGUUUGCUAGUUGCAAGGAGUUUUAAUUUCAUGACUAUUCACAAAUUAAUUUACUGAUAUCUUCCUGUCAUUACUUUAUACUAAGCUCCAGUAUUGGUUUUGGGAUAACAAAAUUUUAUUACUCUAUAUUCUGCAGUACAAAUAAAUUUUUAGAUACGUAUUUAAAUUAUGAGCGAUUUUAUAUUCGUCAGUCUGAAAUUUUUUUUAAAGAAUAUAAUUUGCAUAUGUAUAUGUGUAACAGCUUUUUUUGAGAUAUUCGGGCCAAUUUCUUUGUCAUAAAGGUUGUCUAUGUGGGGUUUGAAAUAGUCCUCUAAAAUACAAUACGAGUGGUUUUGAAUUACUGGUAUAUGACUUCGAUAUAAAUGACUUAAACACACUGUACUGUGUAAAAAUAUUACUGUGUAUAAUCAGGAAAUUAAAUUAUGGCAGCAAAAUAAUUAAUUUUAAAACGGAAUCAAAUUUUAAAUGAUUGUUUUUCCUCGUAAGUACCUAAUACCUAUAGUAGGUAUGUAUGUGCAGUAGUAAAAUAUUUCUAAAAUUUAGUUACACCAUUACUGCAAUACACCAUUAAUACAUCAAAUAAUGAAUAAUCAUACCAUUUUAUACUUCUCAGUAAAAAUUUACUAGAUUCCAGAUCAUAAAUCUGUCUGAUAAAAGUUUGAAAUGUAAGAAACUUCCUAUAACAAUUUCAUUUAAUUAUAGAACCAUAAAGCAAUUAAAAUGCCAUAUUUGUUAAACUAUAACGAUAAAAUGAACAAUAGAAUUAAACAAAAAUA